AAAUAUCCCAGCCACUGCCGUCGUGCAGUCAAAGUGUCAAACCAUGCCGGCAGUAGCGUUCGCGUCGGCUCCUGCCAUAUUCGCCUCCGCCUCCGCGCGUCCCUGCCGCAGCGCGGCUCCGGGCAUCCUUUCCUCCGACUCCGGGCGGCCCCGCCGCGGCGCGCGUGGCGCCGUCCAGUGUGAGGUCGCCUCCUCCUCGGCACCGUCGGCGGCUGGACCCCAGGCCGCCCGGUGGGCCCAGAGGACCGUGGUCAUCCCGCCACAGCGCCGCGGGUGCCACCUCAUCACCAACAAGAUCGUAAAUGAGAUAGGGAAUGACCUGGCCGACUUCAAGUGUGGCAUGGCGCAUCUGUUCUUGCAGCACACAAGUGCGUCGUUGACUAUUAAUGAGAACUACGACUCUGAUGUCCAGGUUGACACUGAAACAUUUCUUAGUCGCAUUGUUCCAGAGGGUCCAUCUGCUCCAUGGAGGCACACCAUAGAAGGACCUGAUGACAUGCCAGCACAUAUCAAAUCAUCAAUGUUUGGUUGUUCCCUGAUGAUUCCUAUCACCAAUGGACGUCUCAACAUGGGAACUUGGCAGGGUAUUUGGCUCUGUGAACAUCGAGAUUAUGCUACUCCUCGACAGAUUGUGAUCACGCUGAAUGGGAUCUAGCCUAAGGUGAUCUAUGUUAAGAGCUGGAAAUGCAAUGCAGCGACUUCGACAUGUUUAAAUCAGAUGCACUGAAACUGAAACUGUCUUUGGCCCAGUUGUGAUAGGCGUUCCAGUGGAGAAUGUUAUUUGUAAUAUGAUGCUAGCAUGAGGGGAACAAAAUCUCUUAACGAGCUUCUUCUCAUGUUGAGCUUGUUUAGUUAUCUUUGGUGGUUUAAAGAAAUGGUUUAU